AUUUUUGCAGCAUUAUCUCAUCAAAUUCAUUACACAUUAUCAAACAAUCAAAUUGUGAUGAAAUUUUAAAACAAAUCGAAGAAAAUUAAAAGGAUAAAAAUAAAUUGUGAAAGAUAUUAUACGUAGUUGAUAAUAAAGUGCUUAAAGGACAUAAACUUUAUAUUAAAAAAGAAUCAAUUAAUAAAACAAAAAGUGAAAAAUAUAUAAAAAUAUAAAUAAGCAACAAUGCAAUAAAAACAGGCUGUAUUCUAUUCUGCACAUACUUUUGCGACAUAAUUAAGCAAAUAAAAUAAAAGACACAUUAGAGAGCGUAACAUAACACACCACGAUAAUUCCACAACAUAGAAAUCUCAUCAAUUUUUUAUCUAAUAAAAAUCAAAGCAAGAUAUUCACCAUUAUUGGAUAUAGUUUUAUAUGUAAAUGAUAAUAUCACGUCAACAAUAAAGUAACCGAAAAAUACAUUCUAAAGCAAAAUUCUUGUAAUAUUGCGGGUACUUAGAGAGCAUUCAUAAAUUACCAUUGAUCAUCGACAACAUCGACAAAAAAAAAACAGCAAAUAUUUAAGAAGGAAAUUGAAAGCUUUAAAAAGAAUAUUAAAUAAGAAGAAAUCACUGCUUUAAUUAAUUAAAAAAAAAAUAAAACUGAAUUUAUCAAUAAUGCUACAUUCCAAUUCAUCACCGCCAUUGCAAUCCAUUUUGCAACGAAAUUGCUCGCCAUUAAAGCAACAAAAUUCAACAAUGAAUGGUGCAAGUAGUGCACAAGAUAGUUAUUUUAUAUUUGAUGAAUUAUCGACGGCAUUAUCAGAACGAAAUAAUAAUUCUGAUGGCAGCAGUAAAAUUAUUGGAAAUAAUUCCAAUAAUAAUUUUUCGAAUAAGUCAUCAUCGAGUAUUGGUUCGAGUAUUGGUGGCUCUAAUACUUCAACCGCCACAAAUCUCUCAUCAACAUUCCAACGUCCACAAUUCAACCAUCAACAACAACAUGUACAGCAACAGCAACAACAACAGCGAUUUGGUUUUGGUGAAACAGCCACAACUUAUCAUUUCAAAACACUUGUGCCAUCAGUAGCAGCAGGUGCAAUCAUUGGAAAAGGAGGCGAGACUAUUGCAUCACUCCAGAAAGAUGCAGGCGCUCGCGUCAAAAUGUCAAAAUCACAUGAUUUCUAUCCAGGUACAACUGAACGUGUUUGUCUCAUAAGCGGUAAUGUAGACGGAAUAUUGACUGUGUUAGACUUUAUUAUGGAUAAAAUACGUGAGAAGCCAGAUUUGACGAAGCCAUUAAAUGAUGCUGAUGCAAAGCAACAACAAGAGCGUGAUAAGCAAGUAAAGAUUUUAGUACCAAAUUCCACAGCCGGUAUGAUUAUUGGAAAGGCUGGUGCCUACAUUAAGCAAAUUAAGGAGGAGAGUGGAUCUUAUGUACAAAUUUCACAGAAACCAAAAGAUUUAACACUUCAGGAGCGCUGUAUAACGAUAAUUGGCGAGAAAGAAAAUAAUAAGAAGGCAUGUCGUAUGAUAUUGGCAAAAAUUAUGGAAGAUCCAUCAUCUGGAACAUGUUUGAAUGUGUCAUAUGCCGAUGUUAGCGGGCCAGUAGCCAAUUUCAAUCCAACAGGCUCACCUUAUGCAAAUCCACAAAUCAGUUCAAGUACAGCAUCCCUAAAUUCAGCCCUCAGUCCUGCCACUGUUGGAAAUGCAGCUGCUGCUGCAAAUCUUUUGGUCAACGGAAGUGCAUUGAAUUUAUCGUUAAAUUUAGGUUCACCAAAUCCAAACGUAAACCCCACAGUUACAACACAAUUGUUAGAAAAUAUAAAACAUGCCAUGCGAAGCUUAGGUUAUUCUGAUUCAGCAAAUUCUGAAGUAUGUGCUGCUUUAGGAAUACUAGCAAAAUACGGUAUUCUCGGUGUUGGUCUUUCAAAUGGAACACACACAACCACAUCAGCAAAUCCACUUAGCUACUUAAACGUAAGCGGCCUAGAACAACAACAGUCACAACAAGCAACUGUUGGAAAUAUAUUUGGUGCAAUCGGCGGAAAUCUUGAAUCAUUCAUCAAUUCACAGACACAACAGCAAUCUCGGUCGUCUAUUGAACGAUUUGAUGCAACAUUUGAUCCCUUUCGUAAUGCCCAAGCUACAGCACCAAUUUCAUUAAACAAUAAUUUCGGUUUGACAACUAAUCCAUCAGCUCAAGCACUUGGUGCAGCACAAUCGCUCGGAGCACUCAGUAAGAGUCCAACACCUGGCGAAAUUGGCAGCAAAGAUGCUAAGAAUGUUGAAAUCCCAGAAGUGAUUGUUGGUGCCAUUUUAGAAGAGGGUGCUUAUUUAUAUCCUUGGGGCGCUUUUUUUCAACAUUAUGCCCAAGGCGCCAGGAAUCCCCCUAGUUACGCCCCUGGAAAAAAUUAUAAUAGAAGAUUUUAAUAAAAACAAAAGCUAAAGAUUUUCCAUUGAAUGACCAAAAAAAUACGACCAGAAAAAAACCAUAAAUAAAGCAGAUAAAAUAUUUUUUUAAUUCUUAAAAUUAAUCGAUGCAUCAAUUAAAAAUAAAUUCUUUUUUUAUUGAUUCAAUUGGACUAGAUGUGCUUGGAUAACAUGUCAAAUUAUUAUGUACUAAUGAAUGACGAAAAUUUCUUUUUGUCUUGUUCUUUAAAAGGAGAAAAAUUUUCAUUAAUUUCUAAUGAAAUUUCUGCUUGGAACAACCUGAUCACAAAGCCAUCCUUCAUAUUUUUAUCAAAGAUGUAUCAACACAAACAGAUUGAAUAGCUUUGAGCAUUAAAAAGCUUUUAAAAAUAAUAAGUUAUUUAAAAUCACAAAGUAAAUCCUGCAAAUUGUUUAUUUGUUGUCUGAAAAUUUUUGAAUUUAAAAAUAGAACUGAAUUUAUUUGAUUAAAUUUUCAACCAAUAAAGAAGCUUUAAAUAAAAGUUGAAAUUAUAACGCUGCUUCAAUUAUUUGAAGAGUUUUUUAAGAGGACUUUUGUUAUUUGAACUUAAUUCGAAAAACCAAGCAAAAUUAAUUAAUUGAUGUGUUCAAAACAUCUCUCAAUCCAAAAACAGAAACAUUAAAUGUUUUAUAAAGAUUAAAGGUAAUUUUAAUGCAGACAUGAGGGAAGAUUGGAGUUGUUAAAAGAUCAAAAGCGUUUUAAUUUUUCUUGGUCUUUAUUUGAGAAAGAUUUAAUAAAUCUAAACUUUUUAGAAAAUCACAUUUCUAACCUUUAAAGAAAUCAAUUACAAUUCCUUACUCCUACUAUUAAAAUUUCAAUCUUUGCAAAACCUCAAUAAAAGUUUUACAAUUUUUCACAUCAAGGUCGUACAUAAAACAGUAACAGCAUUUCAGAAACUGUAAACAUGAAUUAAUCACCUUCACUUCAUUAGUACAUUUUAAUGUUGACAAAAAAAUUUUUUAAAAAAAAUAUUAAUUUAUCUUUACAAACAACAUGUUGACGUGACAAAAUUAAUCAAAAUGAAUUAAAAUGAGAAUCAUAGCCGAGCGACAUAUUACUGCAGAGUAGAAUUUUAUUAAUCUUUGAGUUUCCAGGUUUUCCAAUAGAUUCGUCAAGAUAAACAAAAUGCUAUUCUGUGGCUCAAAGUGUGUUGCUCGGCAUAUAUUUAAAAAUGUUAAUUUUAUUUUUUCACUUUUUGUUUGUUAAAUAUCAUUUUUACUGGUUGCUCAAUUUUCAUUUCUUUUUUUAAUUAAGACAAAAAAAAUAUAUAACUUACUAAGGACGUCAAAACAAAGUCAAUAAAUAACAAAUUAUUUUGACAUUCUUAGAUAAUGUUUAUAAUAAAGCAUAAAUGUGCAUAAAAAAACAUAAGCAUAAGCAUCGAUCAUAAAAUUAUUAUAUU